GGUGUUUUUGCUUCAGCUGGUCGGUGGAGACGGUGUCAGUGAGCGUAGCUUCCUUUAAGAGUAAAACAGACGAAAUCUUUCAGCCGAAAUGAACAGAUUAUUUGGCCGAGGAGGUCCCAAGGCUCCCCCGCCGAACCUCACAGACUGCAUAGGAAAAGUUGAUUCCCGCACGGAGUCCGUCGACAAGAAGGUUGCCAGACUCGAUGUUGAACUUGUGAAAUAUAAAGACCAGAUGAAGAAGAUGAGAGAUGGGCCCUCAAAGAACAUGGUCAAGCAGAAAGCUAUGAGAGUCCUGAAGCAGAAGCGAAUGUAUGAGAGCCAGAGAGAUAACCUCAUGCAGCAGUCGUUCAACAUGGAGCAAACCAACUACACCAUCCAGAGCCUGAAAGACACUAAAACCACAGUUGAUGCCAUGAAAAUCGGCGCCAAAGAGAUGAAGAAAGCGUACAAGCAUGUGAAAAUUGAUCAGAUUGAGGAUCUUCAAGAUGAGCUCGGGGACAUGAUGGAGGACGCCAACGACAUCCAGGAGGCGCUGGGCAGAAGCUAUGGCACACCUGAACUUGAUGACGACGACUUGGAGGCCGAGCUGGAUGCUCUGGGCGACGAGCUCCUCAUGGAUGACGACAGCUCCUACCUGGACGAUGCUGCAACGGCUCCUUCCAUCCCAGAGGGCAUCCCCGGCGACAAGUCGGUCAACAGGGAUGGUGUCCUGGUGGACGAGUUUGGCCUUCCUCAAAUUCCUGCUACAUAAGUACAAUCAAAACAAUGCUAGUUUUACAUGUAUCAUAGGCUUUUUGUAUUUAUCCAACUGACACUCCCAGCCUUCGAGUGCAGCGUUAAAAACCAAAGCAUCUUCUAUCCAAGGAAUGAUGAACUGCAUCUUAAUCAGCUAUCUUUAAUUAAAAGUUGAUUUCUACUCUUAUUAGUGAGCUCAUAUCUUAUGCAUGUGGUGAUCGUCUGAAUUGGGAUUCUCUUAACUUUGUACAGUUUCUGCGGCAUUUCUUUGCCAAGAACAAAAUAAAUUAUAUUUUUCAAACAAUA